AUCCUGCUCCAGCACCAGUUCACCACACAGAAACGGACAAUACCGACGUCUGGAGACGAUAACAGAGGAUUUACCGACUAUCUGGCUUCUAUUUACUCCCAACAGCUUACAUACACACACACACACACACACACACAUAUAUAUAUAUAUAUAUAUAUAUAUAUAUAGGCUAGAUAUAGGCUAUAUAUAUAUAGUAUAGUAUAUAUAUUUUGUUUCUCCUCUUCAGCCUGAUCAGUGAUGUCUGUCGCAGGGUUCAAGAAGCAGUUCCAUAAAGCCACCCAGAAAGUCAGUGAGAAGGUCGGAGGGGCCGAAGGAACCAAGCUAGACGAUGACUUCAAAGAAAUGGAAAAGAAGGUGGACGUCACCAGCAGAGCAGUGUUGGACAUCAUGACCAAAACCACAGAGUACCUCCAACCUAAUCCAGCGUCCAGAGCCAAGCUGAGUAUGAUCAACACCAUGUCAAAGAUCCGCGGCCAGGACAAGGGGCCCGGCUACCCGCAGGCCGAGUCCGUCCUGGGAGACGCCAUGUUGAAGUUUGGACGGGAGUUAGGGGAGGAGUCCAGCUUCGGUAUGGCGCUGAUCGAUGCCAGCGAGUCGAUGAAGGAGCUCGGGGAGGUGAAGGACGCUCUGGACAUGGAGGUCAAACAGAACUUCAUCGACCCGCUGCAGAACCUCCACGACAAAGACCUCAAAGAGAUCCAGCACCAUCUGAAGAAGAUGGAGGGCCGCCGUCUGGACUUCGACUACAAGAAGAAGCGUCAGGGGAAAGUCCAGGACGAUGAAAUCAAACAGGCGCUGGAGAAGUUUGACGAGAGCAAAGAGAUCGCAGAGCAGAGCAUGUUUAACCUUCUGGAGAGCGAUAUAGAGCAGGUGAGCCAGCUGGCAGCGUUGGUUCAGGCUCAGUUGGAAUACCACAGCCGCUCCGCCGAAAUCCUCCAGCAGCUCUCCAGUAAGAUGGAGGGCAGGAUAAAAGAAGUGUCGACUAAACCGAGGAAGGAGUACACUCCUAAACCCAGAAUGACCCUGGAGCUGCUGCCCCCCAGCGAGAGCCACAACGGGGGGAUACACUCGGCCAAAUCACCCGGAAGAACACCAGCCCCCAUGGACCAGCCGUGUUGCCGAGCGCUCUACGACUUCGAACCAGAGAACGAAGGCGAGCUGGGCUUCAAAGAGGGCGACGUCAUCACCCUGACCAAUCAAAUCGAUGACAACUGGUAUGAGGGCAUGAUCAACGGCCAGUCGGGCUUCUUCCCCAUCAACUACGUGGAUAUCCUGGUGCCGCUCCCUCAUUAGGUCCCGCCAACGACCUGACCCUUAACCCCUCGACCAAUCCCCGAAAACAGCCUGUAUUUGCAUAAACGACAAAACCACGUCCUCCUUCUACUUCUUCUUCUGUGCUUCUGUGCGGUUCUGCUUUCACUGAAAGGACUGAGGCGGAGGCGGAGGCGGGGUGGAUGAGACGAGGCAGUGGGACGGUGAUUAGAGGAGGAUUUUAGCGCGAGUGAUGCAGAAGAGAGGUAGAAGAGAGGGACUGAAAGGGACGAGAAGACGAAGAGAUGGUCUUUUACGACGCUUGCUCAGUAGUGCUCCGCCCAGCCGGGCAGCACUGGAAACCAAUGAGGCUUUGGAGACUUAAGGCACGGUGUAUAUGUACGUGCAUGUAUGUGUCUGUUUGUGCGUUUCGACCUGUUCUUACUCUAUUGGGACCGAGCCAGCACAAAGUCCUGCUUGUCAGCUAAACUGCCUGACAGCUUUUUGUGAUGCUGUCUUCUUCUUCUAUUCUUAAGUUUCUUGCUGUCUUUUCUCUCAGAGUAUUCUGUCUUUUCUACCGUGACUUGCCUUCCUGUGCUUUUCUUCAGCCCGAGAUUUCUCAGCAACUGUCACAGUCUUCCCCUCUUUCUAUCUUUCUAUCUUUCUUUCUUUCUUCCCUCCUCGGCUAGCACUGCCUUUCAGCAUGGCUCCGUACUGUAUACAGGCCUCUAACCAGAGCUACAGUAUAGGUCACCAAACACUUCUGCUUUUGUUUGAGUACAUCUCUUGUAACAUACUCUGCCUUUCUCAGAGUCUGCAUAGAGUCUCGGCUCAACGGUUGUACGCAUGAACCAGCCAAACCAGACAUUUGAGUGAUAAGACGCCGGUGACAUCUAGCUUUCGAGAGUGCAUCUUUGGAAUAAAGCCGUAUCUGCAAUAAGUAGAUUUUUACAGAAUGAAGAUACUUGUUAUAAUGGUUUUAAAGGUUUGAGGGUCAUUCAACACGUCACUAAACAUGUCAGCUCAAGAGAUGAAAAGGAAAGCUCUGGGUAGACAGCAGUGACGUGCCAACACAACCAGCAGUUUUAUUGAACAGAACCUUUCACCAGGUUGGUGAACAGAUAAGCCGUGGUGGGUUAUUACAGUAUGCAUCGAGGAAACGAUGCUUGUUUUUUCUCUGUAUACUAUUCUGAGUUCCCCAUUCACAGUGUUCAGUGUGUACUGUGUGGAGUAGAUGCUUGUUAACUCGUCUUAUUUGUGGCUUUUGCAUGCAGGACUGUGUGAACUGUGGUAGCCGUUCUAAAACUCCUGUUUUAAGUGCUUGACCUUCAAUUACAUUUAGGGAGACAAUGCUCAGCGUGAAUAUCCUACAGUAAGACAUUAUAUCAUUCCCCCAGUGCUCUUAAUUCCACUAAACAUGCCAGAACUCACAGGAACUCUAGAAUGCUGACAACAUUCUGGAACAUUCUAGAACCAUGACACUAUUCUUGCCCACAGAAUGAUCCAGAAACGUUUAAUGAUUCCGGAAUCUUGGUAACGUUCUGAAACACCCCAUUACAUUUAAGAAUCUUUUAAACAUGAUAGAAUCUUGGUGACAUUUUGAACCGUAUAAUAAUGUUUCUGGACCUCAUAAACAUCCUGGAGUGUUCUCAUGUGUUCAGGUGUAAUCAGAACAUUCUUGAACCCUCCAAGCUUUGAAGAAUCAACACAGGAUUCAGAACCCUUCACAUAUCCUGAUAGUUCCUAUGAGGUCAGUAACUGUUAGCUGUGCUAGUUCCCUGCAGUAUGCAUCACAUACAGUAAGCAGUGGGACUUGGUUAAUGGCUCCAACUGUUACUCCUCCACAUUGCUACCUACCUGCCUGUUCGUAUGUAUCAGACGUGUUCUUUAUAAGGCAGUAUUAAAGAGUCUAUUCAGACAAAGACCUGAUGAAAAAGGUUGAAGAUAUUUAUUGUUAAAGGCUCUUUAAUAAUUCAACUAUUUAUCAAUGAUUUUAGAUUAAACCGAUGGAAACCAUCAGUACAUUCCGUUUGAUAGCAGCAGAACAUUUCUAACAUCCGAACUUGUUUACUGUUUGUAGCUACAAGACAAGUCGACAUACGAUUAGACAGAUGUGACAACUCACUAUUAUAUUCAUGACUUGUUGGUGCUGGGUUUAAAUCGACUCCAUUGUACAUAAAACAACGUAAUAGUCUCAAAGAUCUGAGGUACACAGGAAGCUAACGUCAGUCACCUUGAUUCUCAUUUACCAUGCUAACAUUUUUCAAAUUAAAACUGACAUUAAAUGGAUAUUAUAAUGGA